AUGUACACCCGUCGAGAAAAAGCCAGUAUUGGUACCUUCGACGUCACGAUACAGAUACAGAUACAUUUGCUUAUUAAAGCUGAAUGUGGACAAUCAUUGCAUUAUGCUUCAAAUUUCCUGUGUAUCCCUAUAACCAAAUGUGACAAACCCACAAGUACCCAUUUACGUAGUCUUGGGUGUAACUCCACGGACUUUGAACUACCAAAAGGGCUUUUGAUACUGUACAGAAGUGGGAUAUUUUCAAUAUACUGUUCGUCAUCCGACAUUAACAUAUGCCCGAAACACAGGGAUGAUUUUGGAAUAUAUUGGAGGCGUCAAACGAGAAAGUGCCAGUCACCUACACAUCCAGACCAGAGUGUUGCAAAACCAAACAGAGGCAUACCAGCAUCAGUAUGCAAAGAGCUAUGGAUGACAAAGAGAAUAUCUCUGCCAGUUGGUUCAGAUUCAGAAUGUGACUUUCCACUCGGACAUUUUCCCAGACCACAACCUCUGAUUGGGAAGAAGAAAACAUGGCCCAAAGAGAGAUUUUCAAUGCUGCACUGA